AUGAAGUUCACUGCUGCUUUGAGCGCCAUUGCCCUGGCCCUAGCCACCACCUGUGAAGCCGUCACCCACCGCCAAGCCCAAGUCACCGUGCAGAACAACACCCCCAACAACAUCUUGUCCAUCUCGCUUGUCCACAAGUACAGCGACAACUACAAGAAUGAGAUGCAAUGGCCCAUUCUGCACCCCGGCGACGGCAGCUGGCCCCUUCUGACUGCCGACUACAACACGGGCAUCACCACCACCGGCCGCGACUGGUGGCUGCUGACGUGGUACAGCGAGGACCUGAAGACGCAGUACUACACGGACCCUAACAACUUCCGUGGCGUCUUUGAUGCUCUUGACAAGGUCGCCCCUGACGCCAUUCAGGCUGUCAUUGGCUCUGCUGCUGCUCUUAUUACCAGCGAGACUGGCCCUGUUGCUGCUGCUGCUGCCGCCGCUGCUGUUGCCCUUGCCAAGGAGACGACCAAGUACAUGUUCAACUCGGAGGGUACCGAUGGCUUCAAGCAGCACAUUCUCCGUUCUGAGGAUGCAAAUGCCAUCACCAACAUUAUUAUCAACGGUGACGGCACUGUUACUUUUCAGUCUCGCUCUGGAACUUCUUCCACAGUCUACACUGCCAAGGCCACCAAGUUGGAGUAA